GUCCUCCCCACAAACCGGGACCAGUCCGUGUUCGCUGACUUAGCUUCUUGCUACUGCUCUGCUUGUCUGGUUCUCACUCACUCAUCCUCUCUCUCUCUUCAAACUAGUGUCUCCCUCCCCCCGAAAGUCACCGACCGAUCUGUCGACAGCAGCUACCUAUUCUUUCCUUCUUUCCCUCCUCUGCUCUCCACCUCAACACCCGCGGCCUUGCUUCAAACCGUCCCUUUCUCUGGCGCUUCCAUCCUGCCAGCUCCCGGGGAAUUGGUCGGGAAUUGAUUGGCAUUGAGACCGAUGUAACGGAUCGCGUGUUGCUGCCCUUGCUCUCCCAGCACUUCCUCCCCGCCCACCCCCCUCAAAGGGAGUUCAGUCCACCUCCUUCUCUCCUCCCCCCCAUUCCCCAAUCUGCUUAACUCAAAUCAAAUCAUCGGCGCGCAUUGAACCUGGAUCCACCGUCCACUCGAUACCCUCACCGUGAAACAACCCUUAUCUGUCGCAGCAUUCGGAUCGGGUUAAGUCUACGUUCCAGCUUCGACCACUGAUUCCGCCCCAGGAUCAGAACAAUAUAAUUGUUGGCUCAGACGUUACCGGAAGCCUAUCGGAGUCGACUCUUUCACUUUCGCAUCGAAUUAUACUCUUUCAAUCGCCGAAUACGCGGCUACCGUUACAAUGCGGCCACAGCGGGAAUACCAUAUCGUUGUUUUAGGUGCUGGAGGUGUGGGAAAGAGCUGUCUUACUGCUCAAUUCGUGCAAAAUGUCUGGAUCGAGAGCUAUGACCCCACAAUCGAGGAUUCAUACCGGAAGCAGAUCGACGUGGAUGGCCGGCAAUGUAUUCUGGAAAUACUGGACACUGCAGGAACAGAACAGUUCACGGCCAUGAGAGAGUUGUACAUGAAACAAGGCCAAGGGUUUCUGCUCGUAUUCUCAAUUACGAGCAUGUCCUCGCUGAACGAGUUGUCCGAGCUACGCGAACAAAUAAUCCGCAUCAAGGAGGAUGAGAAAGUUCCCAUUGUCAUCGUGGGCAACAAGUCCGACCUGGAAGAGGACCGCGCUGUGCCACGCGCGCGCGCAUUCGCCCUCUCCCAAACCUGGGGAAACGCCCCCUACUACGAAACCUCGGCCCGUCGACGAGCCAACGUCAACGAAGUCUUCAUUGACCUCUGCCGACAGAUCAUCCGAAAGGACCUGCAAGGAAAUUCCAAGAACUCCGACUCAGAUCGCAAACGGGAAGGUGGCAAUCGGCAGGACCGUCGAAAGGACAAAAAGCGCCAGACCCGGCGCAAGGGACCCUGCGUGAUCCUAUAAUUAGUCCUAAUCGCGACCCUUUCCCCGACACGACGAACGUACCAUCAAAUGAACGAGAGCAAGCGCAUGGGCUAGCCCCCCUGACCACUUACUAUCUUACAUCGCUCACCAUUACGCACAUGACUUACCCACUGCACACUGCACAUACCCCGUCUACAAAGCCUGUCUAAUGUCGAAACACCUACUACUACUACUAUUACUUACUACUACUACUACUACUACUAC